AUGCUGUUUUACCCUUGUUUAAAUGCGCCACGUCGAUUCGUUGAACGCCAUAUUGAGACUGUUGGUUUUCCAGCUGGUAGGUCGGGUGGCGUACGCAAGUCGGUUGCGCUGAUUGAUCACGUUGUUCGGACUACAGUGCGCUCUGGUGUUGUUAAGGACAUGGAACCGGCUGAUGCGUUCGAGAUAGCACUCCAAGGUCUCACGGCGAAGGAUGAUUCACUGUCAAUGCCAGUCACUGAACAGGUCUCACCGGACUCUGCUAUUGUGGCUGACGUUAAACCUGCCGAAUCAGAUAGUAAUCAGGAGGAUUAUGGACUGGAUAUCAUUUCAAAAGCUCUCAAGAGCGCCGGUAUUACACCCUCAGAUGUUCCCAACCCAGUUACCACUGUUGCACCAACACAAAUCUACACGGUUAUUAAUCAGACGGGAAAUCCAUUGGUCCAAAUACCCUCGGUUACCAACACUCAACUGAGGGUUCCUACCAUCUCUGGAGUUGCUAGUCGCCUCAUUCAACUCUCCAAGGUUUCUCGUGCUCCUACUAUAAUUCGAAAGAGGCCAAGUGCUGAGCCAGCCACUUUUCCCCCUGUAAAAUUUAUCCGCCGCGGUGACGCUCCUAGCAGCGGACCAGUUAAAAUCGAGACCGUAUCUGACAUGAAAUUCAGAACUCAGACAUUGGGUCCUCAACGGAUCCCAAUGAACUACCCCCUCAAUUUCCUCUCUCAGAAGAGAGAUGAGGAGAUCGAGGAGGAUGAUUCCGACGAUUUAGCACAGGCGGAGACGUACGCCGAUUAUGUACCUGCUAAGCUUCAUCUCGGCUGCAGACAUCCAGACCCCAUAGUUGAGUCCAGCACUCUUUCUAGCGUCUCCCCACCGGACAUCCACUACAAUCUUCGCCUCCCCCGUGAAGUCAUUGACAGUGGUCGGCUCUCGGCACUCCAAUUGGAGGCCGUCGUCUAUGCAAGUCAACGUCACGAAUGCAUUCUCCCAAAUGGGCAGCGAGCUGGUUUCUUAAUUGGUGACGGUGCUGGUGUUGGUAAAGGUAGAACCAUUGCUGCCAUUAUCUACGAAAAUUACAUGCAGCAUCGGAAGAAGGCCAUUUGGUUAUCAGUUUCAAACGAUUUGCGUGUUGACGCCGAGCGUGAUCUCCGUGAUGUCGGCCUCACGAAACUUGAAGUUCACUCUCUCAAUAAGUUUCGAUAUGCAAAGAUUUCUGGCAAGGUGAACGGGAGCGUGAAGAAGGGGGUGCUCUUUUCCACCUACUCCUCCCUAAUUGGCGAAAGUCAGGGUGGCGCAAAGGCAAAGUAUAAAACGCGUCUCAAGCAAAUUGUUCACUGGUGUGGCAAGGAUUUUGACGGUGUUAUUGUCUUCGAUGAGUGCCAUCGAGCCAAAAAUCUUACUCCCAGUGGUUCACAGAAGCCCACCAAAACGGGUUUGACUGUGUUGGAACUGCAAAACCGCUUACCAAAUGCGCGAAUCGUCUACGCCUCGGCUACGGGCGCAACAGAGCCGCGAAACAUGGCUUACAUGACGCGACUCGGUCUUUGGGGCAAGGGCACUCCAUUCAAGGAUUUCAACUCCUUUAUUCAAUUCAUUGAACGUCGGGGUGUUGGUGGCAUGGAGCUUGUCGCUAUGGAUAUGAAGCUUAGAGGAAUGUAUAUAGCACGUCAGUUAAGCUUCCAUGGUGUCAAAUUCACGAUCAGACCCGUCGAGAUUGAAUAUGUGCUGUUGAACGGCCAGUCCUUCGUUAAUGUAUAUAACCAAUCUGCCGACUUGUGGGUUUGCGCUUACGAGUACUUCUCGGAAGCCGCCCGACUAAUCAACGCAUCGGACAAAUACCGCAAAACCAUGUGGGGCCAAUUCUGGUCUGCGCAUCAACGUUUCUUCAAGUACCUCUGCAUAGCCGCUAAGGUUGAUGCCUGUGUUGAAUUGUGCAAAAUGGCGCUUAACGCCGAGAAGUGCGUGGUCAUUGGUCUUCAAUCAACUGGUGAAGCGAAAACACUUGAACAAGUGGAGGAAUUUGGAACAGAUCUGGGGGAAUUUGUAUCUACUGCUAAGGGCGUUCUACAAUCGUUGGUCGAGAGGUAUUUCCCCACAGCAUCAAAUUUGGAAAGUUUCACAGCCCGUGGUGAAAAAUUGACCAUUGCUGGUGAUCGUUCGUCUUCGACAACUCUUACUCGAGCUGGUAGAGCUGUUGCUGGCGGCAAGGGUAGUGGACUCGGCUUGAAAGAUAUCCUCGGUGAAAAAGCUUUCGCCAAACUGAUUGCUGGUGGAUCUCUCACCGGGUACGACGAUGAUGAUUCAGAUAGGGGCAACCCGGGAAGUGUUGCUACGGGCACCAAAAAGGACGACUCGGACGAUGCCGUUUCUGAUGAGGAUGACGACAAUGAUGAUGAAUGGGGAAAUGAAUCGGAUAAUCAGUCGAAAGCCAACGGCGGUGACAGUUCAUCAGAAUAUUAUGAUUCCGACCUCGAGAUAAGUAAUAAUUGUCGCGGUGGCGUGAAACGAACGAAAAAAUCGCGAAUCGGCGCCUCAAGUAAGCGCAAGCAGGUCUACGAGAGUGAUGCUGCGGCGGACUCCGAUGACGACGAUAUGGACUAUGAUGCCAUGUGCGACACCUUCUUUGCCCGUCAGAGGGAGAGGGCAAUAAGGCAAAAUGACUCCCUCUGGGCCGAUGAGUCGACGCGUAACCUCUCCGCCAAGUAUUUCCUAGACUCCAAGUCGCCAGAUGGGAUGCUCGCCUCUAAUGGCAGCGUCUCUUUGGAGGAGGCGCGAAAAAAAUGCGAUGGAAUGAAGGAACUUCUUUUGGGACAUAUUGAAAGAAUUGGCAGGUACCUUCCUCCCUCGUCCUUGGAUGAGUUGAUUGAAAAGCUGGGCGGUCCAUCGAGAGUGGCCGAAAUGACUGGUCGUCGCGGUCGUGUGGUCAUGAACGACUCUGGUCGUGCUCUCUAUGAAUCUCGACGUGAGGGUGAUUGUGCGAUGGAGACUAUCAAUCUGAUGGAAAAGCAACGGUUUAUGGAUGGGGAGAAGUUGAUCGCCAUAGUUUCGGAGGCCGCCUCCUCUGGUAUCUCGCUCCAGGCUGAUCGACGUGCGAAGAAUCAACGACGUCGUGUUCACAUAACCCUUGAACUUCCCUGGUCUGCCGAUCGUGCUAUUCAACAGUUUGGUCGUACCCAUCGCUCCAAUCAGGUCAGCUCGCCAGAAUAUAUCUUCCUCAUCUCCGAUCUGGCAGGAGAACAACGCUUUGCAUCAACUGUGGCCAAGCGUCUCGAAUCUCUAGGGGCUCUAACCCACGGCGAUCGUCGAGCUACGGAGACUCGAGAUCUCUCUCGUUUUAACAUUGACACAAAGCUUGGUCGUGAGGCCCUCGAUAUCGUCCUCAAGACGUGCAUCUGGGGGGAGGAGGGAAUUAUCAAACCGCCAGCGGAUUAUCGUUCAGAAGAUCCCAUCGUAGCAGAUGCAAAAACUCUGGAGCCCCUUCCACCGACAUUGCGCCCCUACCACCAGUUUCUAUCCGACGUUAAAUCGGGCUUGCAAGGUGUAGGAUUUCUCAAUGGGCGAACGCGCGACAAAGACAGUCGUCACAUGGUAAAGUUUCUCAAUCGCAUCCUUGGUCUCCACGUACAUACCCAAAACGCCUUCUUCCAGUACUUCUCUGAUACACUGGAAGAACUUGUGCGACGAGCGAAACGCGGCAAUCGCCUGGACUUAGGCAUUAUGGAUUUAGGUACUACUGGCCAGAACUUGGAGAUUGUUUGGACCCGAAAAUUCGACACGCGCUUCCUCUCCGAUUCCACCCAGGUGUGCCUACACAAAGUCACCACCCAACGAGGUGUCAGCUGGGCCUCCGCCAUGGAGCUUUACGCGCAGCACGAUGGUGAUGAGGACGGUUUUUACCUUCCGAAGCAGUCCACUGUGUCAAGAGUGAUGCCUUUGCUGGCCUUCUGCCUGCGCAACAAGGCCGGGGAUGUGGGGGACAGAGAGAGGCGGAAGAUGAAGCGUCUUUAUCGGGUGUAUAGACCAAACACGGGGAUGCAGUCUGAGCCUAUGGAGUACGGCAAACUGACAGAGCAGUAUGUCAAGGUUUCCAAUCCUACCGACUGCCAGGAACAUUGGUCCACCAUCUAUGACGAGUCUGCUACCAGGUGCAUCCAUCUCAUUCAACGCAAUCAUUGCAAUCGCGUUAGCGUACGCAAUCCUCAGGGACGGUCAGGCAUUUGUGAGGUCGGUCUCCGGGAGCGCACCUAUUACGUCCUCAGCGGAUCUGUCAUGAACGUAUGGACGCACGUAGAGCGAGUAUUGACGAAUCAGGCCGGUAAUUCUCCACCGAUGCAGGUGGUGCGCUUGAAGCCUAAGGAUGGAAAGCGAAUUGUGGGCGUACUCAUCCCUCAGGAUGGUGUAGAAGCCGUCCUUGACUGCCUUAAUAUCCUUCAGUCAAAUCCAGAUGACAUUCACCUCCGGCCGGCGCCCUUGCCUUCUGGCCUUUCCCAACCAAUUCAUCAAGUUAGAAGUCUCUCGCGAUCUUCUCUGCCUCCUCCAAUCAUAAAAUCCACAGGACAGCCACCUAUCGUGAUUGGGAAGCCUUCCGUAAGGUUCUCCGUUGCUAACGCCACUAACACUAAUGCUGCCGCCAUGACGCGUAACCCUGUGCGCAAUUUUGGGAAUGCCACCGCAAGUACCAUCACAACCGGUGUCGCUUCUUCCAACGCUCCCACCUUUCUUUCUCCUCGUAUGUCUUUCACUGCCCUUCAUCAGCCUCUGAGUCGAUUCCCACUGGCCUCUCGUGCCCAAUCCCGACUUGAGGCCGCUUUCCAGUGUCAGCCGAUUUCACAGGCACGUAAUAUAGUACCUCAGCGCGUUUUCACCUCCAUCAACGCACCGUCAUCGCAGCAAUCAAACUCUCCACAGAGGUUCGCUAGUCCACGAGGCUUCCAACCGUCGCGUCCUCCUUCCACUAGGGUUACUGCUCCACGUGCAGGAAGGAUUAAUUGGGUCAGCCAGGACAACGGCUACUAUGUAAACAAUCUUCCCGUCCAAGGCGUUUUUCAGCCUCGGUUACAGACACAGCAGCAGCUGGUGCAAUUGCAACAGGUUUAUCAACAACCACAACGGCAGCAGCCGUCACAACAAAAAUCUCGACAACUGUCCCAGGUACCUCCAACACUUGUAUCUGCAGCUAGUCCCAACAACACCGCUAAUCCCAUUGGCAGGACCAAGUCUUGUGUGCCACCGAACGGUGCUUCAGGGAGAGAUCCUGAUCGCUGCAUUUGUCUCAACCCCUGUUCCUUCUCCCUCUGUCCUCUUCCUGUCUGUAUCCCCCUGCUCGAUGAGCCCCCUGUGUAG